UGUAGAGGUUAAUUGAAAACUACUAAAAUCUGGAAAGAAAAAAAAGCCUUUUGAAUCAAAUACAUCUUUUACUGAUGAAGCCCUGCCUCUUCGUUGCCAUCCCCUUGAACGGGCAAAUCCGACAAAUUUGUCUUUCGUAACCAAAUUUGUCUUUCAAUUAACCGAUAGUAUUUACCAAUCAACUAAUCCGGAUUCAUAUACCUACAAAAACAAAUCCAAUUCGUGGCCAAAUUAUAUCUUCCUUCGAUUGACGAUUCCAACUGCACCGGAAAUUCAUGGACGGCUGAGAGUGGCAGAGUGCAGCUGUGGAAGGGCGUUGAAGGUUGGAGGCCGGUCUGCCGUGACUCUCAAUUGCUACGAAGGGUAAGGUUAGUAGCGGUAGAUUUUAAGCCAUUACGAUAACUUGAACAUGCCAUAUUAAUGUUUUUUGUUUCUGAUGCUUUUUUACCCAAUUUUUGCUUAAGUAUUGACAAAAGACUGCACCAAGCUUGUCGUACCUUGAACUUAAUGUUUGUUUUGCCUAUACUCUUAUCAUUAUUGAGAGUAAUUUUUGGUUAAUGUAACCCAAAUCUUUGAUUUACACCAGAUUUUUUAGUUUAAUUAAUUACAGGAGCAAGGUGAGUUUUUGCAUUAAACAUAUGGUGAUUUUUUAGUUCCAUUGGGUGGUUUUUAUGUUCUAAUCCACCCUUAAUGUUCUCAAUAACAGUAGGGUGGGUGUUCAAAUUGACCUAUAAUCAAUAUGCCAUCUUCUUACAAAAUGUCAUGUUCUUACAGUUUACAUCAUAUAUACCACACAUAUGUAUCUUAGUUUAUGGAUUGAGUUUCAUAGUGGUUGUUUGGAUAUUCUCAAUUAGUAUGUGAAUAUAAGUUGCUGGUGAUCCAGCUCUAUCAUUUGAUCAGAGAUCUUUUGGUUUAUUAAUUACAAGAGCCAACCUAGUUUUUGAAAUUUGAGUUUAAGUUAGGGUGUUUUUUGGUAUUCAACAUCUUGAUUUGUUUAAAGUGACUAUAUAGGUAGUUUUAAAAUGUAAUACUACAAACUCUACGGAUUAUUUUUACAUUUUGAAACUGUCCUACUACAUUGGUUUUAAUAUAUUUCUAGUACAACACUACAACAUGAUCUCCUAAAAACAUCAUGAUGAUAUUUUAAGUUUACAUUUUAUUUUUUAUAAAAGUAGAUCCAAAAGGUUCUGAUGCACACGGUAUUUAUUUUUAAGGCUGAUUUGUGUUGUCAAAAAUAUAAAAAUGGAUCCUAAGUCAUACUAUAUGCACAGGGACUUGAUAUCUUAAUGACUGAUAUUGUUUAUAAUAUAAAUAUUCAUUAAACUAUUUUCUAACCUUGUUUUUCUUAUAAACUUUUCUAUAUAAUAGGUGGGAUCUUAAAUGGAUAAGAGUUGGAUGCAUGAAAUUAAAUGGUCCCAUGCUUAUGUGGAUGGGGUAAAAAAAUUUAUGACAUUUGUUGAAGACUAUAAUGGUCGAGAGGGUGUGAUUAGAUGUCCCUGUGUUGGUUGUUUGAACCUCAGAACUCAACAUAAAGAAAUAGUUAAGAUUCAUCUUUUGGAGCGCGGAAUAGAUCCAGGAUAUAAUACUUGGUUUUAUCAUGGUGAAGAAUCAGGUUCAAGAACUUCAAAAAAAAAUCAUACCUAUACAGGGAAUGGAACGGAUAAUGUCUAUGAAGAAGAAGAAGAAGAAGAUGGUAUUACUGAGAUGUUAUUUGAUCUAGGUCAACAAUACAAUCAUCAAGAUAAUGAUAAUAUGUCAGCAGAAGAUAGUUCUAAUAGUGGUGGUCUUCCACUAUAUCUUGAGUCAUUGAUGCAAAAUGCUCAAACAAAAUUAUAUCCUGGUUGUGAGCAAAUUUCAAGAAUAUCUUUUGUCAUUCAGUUGUUGCACAUUAAAGUCUACAACAAGCUGAGCAAUAAAGCAAUUGAUAUGCUCUUGAAGUUGAUGAAGUUAUCCUUUCCGAAUGGUGAGACACUUCCAGGUUCAUAUUAUGAAGCUAAAAAAAUACUGCGCGACUUGGGGUUGGGAUAUGAAUGUAUACAUGCUUGCAAGUAUGAUUGUGUUUUAUUUUGGAAGGAAAACAAAGACUUGGAAAACUGCCCAACUUGUGGAACUUCUAGAUGGAAAAGCAAUGGUGAUGCGGGGAAGAAGAUAGCACAUAAAGUUUUAAGGUACUUUCCAUUGAAACCUAGGCUUCAACGCCUUUUUAUGUCCCAAAAAACAUCUGAAAAGAUGGUAUGGCAUAAAGAGAAACGUAUUGAUGAUGAUUACAUGAGACAUCCUGCUGAUUCCAUAGCCUGGAAAGACUUUGACAAUCAGUUUUCAUGGUAUGCAAAUGAUCCUAGAAAUGUCAGACUUGCUCUAGCUGCUGAUGGUUUCAAUCCUUUUGGAAACUUGAGCACUAAAUAUAGCAUGUGGCCAGUAAUUCUAACCCCAUUAAACCUGCCACCAUGGGAUUGCAUGAAAGAUCAAUUCUUGAUGUUAUCUUUGCUAAUACCAGGUAAGAAUUCACCCGGAAAAGACAUUGAUGUAUACUUACAACCCUUAGUUGCAGAGCUAAAAGAGUUGUGGGUUGAAGGGAUUGAAACGUUCGAUGUUUCCAGUAAACGUAUUUUUCGUAUGCAUGCUGCUGUUUUGUGGACUAUUAACGACUUUCCUGCGUAUGGUGAUCUGUCUGGAUGGAGUACUAAAGGGUAUAUGGCUUGUCCACUUUGUAACCAACGAACCUAUUCUCAAAGAUUACGAAACAAGUUGUGCUACAUGGGGCAUCGUCGCUAUUUACCUAAAAAUCAUGCUUGGAGAAGAAGUAAGAAGUUCAAUGGUAAAAGAGAAGACAACGAAGCACCUGAAACUUUAACUGGUGAUGAAGUUUUAAUGCAGUUACAUAGACUUGAAGAUGUGAUACCAGGAAAGCAUGAUAGAAAGAAGAGGAAGCGGAUGCCUAAAGAACUGAAUUGGACUAAACGUAGCAUAUUUUUUGAUUUGCCUUACUGGAGCAAACUUAAGUUAAGGCACAAUCUUGAUGUAAUGCACAUUGAGAAGAACAUAUGCGAGAAUAUAGUGGGAACAUUGCUGAAUAUAGAUCGUAAAACAAAAGAUACUGACAAGGGAAGACAAGACAUGGAGGACAUGAACAUCCGCAAGGAGUUACACCUUACAAUGACGAGUGAUGGAAAAUAUAAAAAGCCACAUGCAUGUUAUGUAAUGACAAAAAAAGAAAGGCAUGAAUUCUGUGAGUUUCUGAAAUCUGUUAAAUUUCCAGACGGGUAUGCCUCUAAUAUUUCUCGAUCUGUUACGUCAUCUGAUGAUAAGAUAUCUGGAAUGAAAAGCCAUGAUUGUCACGUACUCUUACAACGGUUACUUCCAGUUGGUAUUCGUGGCUCAUUAAAGAAGGAAGUUACUGAUGUCUUGGCGGAGUUAGGAAAUUUUUUUCAACUGUUAUGUUGUAAAAAGCUGAAGAAAUCUGAUUUAGAGAAGAUGGGAGCUGAUAUUUGUCUGAUUUUGUGUAAGCUUGAAAUGAUAUAUCCUCCUUCCUUUUUUGAUGUUAUGGUUCAUUUAUGUAUCCAUCUACCGUAUGAGGCGUUGAUUGGCGGUCCUGUUCAAUUUAGAUGGAUGUACCCGAUCGAAAGAUUUCUAUGUGGACUAAAGCAAAGUGUCCGCAACAAGGCCCAUCCGGAAGGUUCAAUCGCAGAAGCAUAUAUUGCAAAAGAGAGUUUGACGUUUUGCUCGAUGUACUUACGCGGGGUAGAAACUAGAUUUAAUCGAGAUGAUAGAAAUAAUGAUAUAUCAUCUGAUGAUGCUUUAUCAAUCUUUUCACAAAACUGUCGGCCUUUUGGAGCUGCAACAUAUGCUGAAUUAUCAAAGGAUGAACUCACAGCCACCCAAUGGUUUGUCUUUCAAAAUUGUGAAGAAGUCAAGCCAUAUUUUGAAUUGCACAAGGAAGAGCUUCUCCUAUCCGGGUGUGAAAAUAUUGACGAAGAACACAAGGACAAAUUUCCUACAUGGUUCAAAAUCCAGGUACGUAUACAUAAUAUAAAUAAAGUCUGCUGUUGCACCAUAUACUUGUGAUGAUGUUAUUGAUUAUUUUAAGCAUUUUGUUAGAUGAGUAGAUUACUUAAACAAGAUCCAUCUGAAGCAAACGAGUCUCUUUAUUCACUUGCAUGUGCACCACAUAGGUGUGUUCGAAAGUACUCUGGCUGCAUUGUUAAUGGAGUAAGAUUCUUAACUAAAGAUCGCGAUAGUCACCGGAAAACUCAAAAUAGUGGAAUUGUUGUGGAGGGGAACCAUGGUGAAGAGAUCAUAGAUUUUUAUGGUGUUCUAGUUGAAAUUGUUCAACUUGAUUAUGUGAAAGAUAGACAUGUUACUAUAUUCAAAUGUGAUUGGUUUGAUCUCGGAAAAAGAAAAGAAGGGAUACGAAAGGAGGGAUAUAUUACUAGUAUUAAAGUGACUAAAACGUGGUAUGAAAAUGACUCAUAUAUACUAGCUGAUCAAGCCAAACAAGUUUUGUACAUGAACGAUCCUAAAUUAGGACGUGACUGGAGAGUUGUGCAACCAUUUCAACAUAGACAUAUAUAUGAUGUGCCAGAGAGACAGGACGAAGUGAUAAAUGUUGAUGAUGAUUCUUCGAUGGAAGACGAAGUGUAUCAAGAGAUUGAAAUUAACGAUACAUUUGAAGUUAUCCAAAAUGAUAUACAAUCCUUACAUAGAGAGGAUAUACAAUCUGAAGACGAUGAGGAAACAUUCAUUUCAAACGAAUCAGUUGUAUCACGUGCAGUUGAUAUCGAUGAUGCCCAUGAAGAAGAUUUAGAUGACACUCCAAUUGAUAGUACUGAAUCCUCCCAACAAAGUACUAGUACUGGUUCUGAGUUUGAAAGUGACGAUUCUGAUGGAUAAUUUGAUGUUGCUUGCUAUUCUCAAUGAAAUGUGGUAAGAUUUUAUUUGUAUUGCAUUGUAUAUCCUUAUUUGUUGGCUUACAAUAUUUCAUUCUAUUUUUCUUAUCUAUGUUUUGAUUUAUAACACUUAGCAAGUACGUAGUAUUAUGUAUUAAUUCAAGCUUUUGGUGUUAUUCAGUUAUUAAGCUGUAUAUAUGUAUGUUUAUUUGUUUCAAGAACAUUACCUAAAGGUUCUGUUUGAGGUUGUUUAGGAAUCCUUGCUCAGGAAUCAUGACAGCUUCUUCUAGACGACAUCUCAGCAAUUGUCUUGAUGUGAUGCUCGUUCCUACACUGCUCUUCAAGUCUCACAUAAAUUUUGUUGAGAAGAGAAGUUGCUCUGAAUAUGCAGAAUGGUUGGUGGGAGAGUUCUGAAUAUAGGAUUUUAUUAAACUUCGUUCAUGUAGUUUUUAAUGUUAAUCUGUAUGCAAAUUUUAAUAUCUCAUGACCUAUUUUAUUCUCUGUUUCACAAAGUUUGAAAAUACUUAGUUUGUUCAGAAGGAUGAAUAGCAGGAGCUUGAACAAGUUGAAUAUUAAACUUUCUUUGAGGUUGACUGUGAACUGAUGUUGUCUUAGUGUGUUGCAAGGAAAGUGCAGAAUAUCCUGC